CCCCUUGUCACCUCCUCCUCCUUUCCACCUCCUUCUACUGGAUCUCCCUCUGCCUCCUUCCCACUUUCUCCCACGUCUCCUGGAGAAGUCUUCCAGUUCUCUCCUGCCCUCCCUCCCUACCUUCAGGAAGACUUCCCUCCUCCUCCUCCUCCAGAGAGGUUAGAACCUGACCCAGAGCUUACUGAACCCCAGACACCCCGUCCUGCAUCCCCCCAGGCCCCGCCACCAGCCCCAGAACCAGCCCUACCUGCCCAGGCCCCACCAGCCCAGGCCAACCCAGCACUAGCCCCGGCCUACCCACCUCUACCUGUACAUCCACCUCCAGCCCUUGAGAGUCAGCAGGACACCACCUCUUCCACAGCUGUAUUCCCAGACCUCCCGGCAAAAGCCCCGGACUCCCUACCUCAACCUCCGGUCCCUGGGGAGGACACCACCUCCACCCCUGUACCCUGUGAAUCCACACCCAGGAGCUCAGACUCUGACGGAGCGUUCGAGACACCAGAGUCGACCACCCCGGUCAAGUCCCCCACCGAGACAGGCCCUCAUACCCAGCUGCAGACCUCAGAAGACACCGGUCUUGGCUGUGACUCUGAGGCAGACGGUGAACCCGGGUCAGAGGCUAAAGGUCACCAUGGUAGCUCUCUGUCCAUAGUCUUUGACGAGGACAAGCCCAUAGCCGCUAGCGGAGCCUAUAACCUAGACCAGCUCAUAGCUGCUGCUGCAGCUGCAGAGGCCCAGAGCCGAUCACUUCUAACCCGCUCUCUGAGCCUCCAGGCUGGGGAGCUAGACGGCUCCGACCCCCUAGACGGCGGAGGAUCCUCCAUCUCGAUCGGAGACUCACGUCCCUUAGCUGAGGCCUUUAGUGUUGACAGCAGUACUGAGAGCGCUCCAGGGACCCUCCGCAGACCCUCCAAGAAGGGGCCUCUCCUCCCCGGCGGCACCCUGAAAAAGAAGCCUCUUUCCAGGCAGAGCUCUAACGUAGAGAGCCCUCAACCUCCAUCCUCUGGUACCACACCGGAGCUGAAGAAGAGCGCCAAUCCCUCCAGAGCAGUUAGCCCCCUAUUGGGCUCUGAGGAUCCGCAAGUAGGAGGGGCCACAGUAGACUCCGCCCCUGGCCCUACCUCGGCCACGCCCAGUCCAGAAGGCACGCUCUGCAGAACCAGGAAGCCAUGUGUGGAAAGCCCCACCCCUCUCAUUGAAGAGACCAAUCACACUAGCCCAGAGACAGAUAGCCAACUUAUCCUGGCCCCUACUUCUAUUCUGACCACGACCCAGGCUAUCUCUAUACCUUUCCAACAGGAGGACACCCCCAUCUCCGUGCCAGAGGCCCCCCUAGGCAGCGAAGGCUCUCCCCCCAGUGGGGCCUACAAAUGGGACCCAGACAACUUUGAAAACAUCGACCCGUUCAACACCGGAGGGAGUAAAGUCGCUAACUCCCCCCCGUUGGGUAGGAAAGGUGUCCCUAACUCCCCCCCGUUGGGUAGGAAAGGAGUCGUGCUGUCCAUUGCUCCCAAAACCGUCGCCCCUGUCUCUAACCCUAACCCCCCAGAGCGCCCUCCUACUAUCUCUAACGACGAGCCAGCUCUUCCCUCAACAAGCCCCCCUAUUCGAACCUCGGGGGCGGUCAGACUGGACUUUGACUAUUCUGAGGAGACCCUCGAGGAGCCUCCCAAGGCCUCUCCACCACCCAAGAAGCUGGGCAGAAAACCAGGCUCCAAGAUGCCUCUAAGGAAGCCCAGGAAGGACAACACCCCCGUCACCGUCCCCGAUGACAUCCCCGUCCCUAAGGCCUCCUAUAUCUUCGACCCCACCCAGUGGGACGACCCUAACAUCAACCCGUUCGGCUCUAACGCCGGGAUCCCUAUCUCUCCCAAGCUGAACAAACCCUCGUAUAGCUUUGACCCUGACGCCUUCCCAUGCUCAGCUGUCAACCCCUUCAAGGGUUCAUCCAAUAGGAUGGCUGAGUUUCCGCCCAAGGCCGCCUCUGGCCCCGCCUCUUUCGAGGUGUCGGCCAAUGACAAUGAGGUUGAUAACGAUAAUGAUGAAGUUAGGGAGCUGGAGGACCACAACCGGAACAGACCGGCCAAGACCAAGAAGAAACCGAUCAAAUCGAAGUCCAUGGGUUCCUCUCUGUGUUGUCUGUUUAACACUUUCAGAGUCAAGAGGUCCCCAAAGAGGUCGCCCACGUCUGAUCCAUCAUCACAAGGGCCCACCCCAGUAGAUGAAGCCCAGCCUCCGCUACAGGAUGACCACGCCACAGACGAGGAGAAGCUGGCCUCUUCCUCCAAUCACAAAGAGAAGCUGGUGUCCUCAGCCAACCACAAGUGGGCAUCCAUGGAGGCAGAGCUAACCUCUGACCCCCAGGAGGACUUCCCCCAGCCCUCUGACCUCACAGCCUUUGUCAAUGAGAACAGUCGAGUGUCAGACUAUGAGAUUGAGUACAUGGAGAAGAUCGGCUCGUCUUUGCCGCCUCUGUCUGUGAAGAAACCUUCUGCUCUCUACUUGAAGCUGGACUCUGUGACAGGCAGCCUGACCAAGCCUAACCAUGGCUCAGAACCCAACUCUCCCUGCACAGGGUACAACACACUGGGGAGUUUUGAGGAGAUAGAGGCCCAGAUCACAGCCCAGAUGAAGACCCCGGUGCUGGGCUCUCGACCCGGUCCAGAGGGGUCUCGGCCCGGUCCGGAGGGGUCCGCUGGAGAGAAGGAGAAGACCAGGAAGAGAGAGAGCCAGUCACUCAGCCGAGCACAGAGCACAGACAUGGAUCAUGCAGCGCUACCCACCCAGGGCCCUAUGGAGGUCCCAGGCCCAUCCCCAGGCCCAGGCCCAGACACACCCCUCUUAACCAGGCUGCCUGAGUGCCCUGACCCCCUGGUGCACCUGGAGGCUGUGGAGCCUGACCUGGCAGAGACCAACCCCACUGCCUUCGCUCUCAAACUACAG